AAAAGAAGCUCCUGCGAGAGAGGAGGUGGGGGGAAGAGUGUGGCGGAGGGGUCGGAGCUCUCGGUCACCGGCACGACCGUAGCACGUAACCGCGCCACGGCGGUGUUGCCGCUUCCUAGUGUGAUUCCUCCCCUCGCGCCCUCGCUGCCGCCGCCGCUUUUGGGGCCCGAGUCCGGCCUGUUGCUCCUCUCUCGGCUCUCUCGUCAAGAUCUCUCUCCACGAUUCUCGUUUCCUCGGUUCGGGGACCAUCUGCUCGCUCGCCCGGGCCUUUGAAUCUUUAAUGGUUCGCGUGACUGGCCGUGGCAGCCACGGGAGGCUGCGCGAGGUCCGGUUGUGCCCUCUUCGCCACCAUCCUCCACCGUCCUCCGUGCACAACGCUUUUUCCUCCGUGCACGCGUAAAUGCACUUCGAUUCGGCGGCAAGAUCGAAUCGAAUGGCUAGGGGCACGCUUCGAACACGUACGUUUACGUCCACGCGUUUCGAUCGGUAGCUGAAAAGCUGGAGAGGGCGCAGUGGUGGAAUGAGGGGAGAAGGAGGCGAAAUCGGUCGAAUCGUGGAGCAAUUACCACCACAGCCGCAAUUAUUUCGACGAUUUUGCCGGGCUUAUCGGCCGCUGACCGUUCCUCCUCGGGUCGAGGGGAUGGAAGGUUCGUUAACGCGGUGGAAUCGGCGGAAUCGUUACCGUUUAAUUAAGCGCAUUUUCCACGCGUUUCGCGCGCAAAUUUCGCCCCUCUCCUCCGCUCGACUUUUAAAACGAUCGUGAAACCGAUCGAGCAACGAACGUUUCCCCUUGGCCGAGUCCACCUACCAACCGGGUCGAGACUCGUUUCUGACCUCCUCCUUCCCUCCCUCUCCCUCUUGUCCUCGAGACCCGGCUUCGAUUUCAUUUCGCACUCCUUCUCACCCUUCGUUUCCACGGUCUCUCUCACGGUUCGUGCGGGGGUGGGAUUUUCACGCGGGCCAUAUGUUCGACGCACCUUUAGGUAUCCUGCGCCUUGGAAUCAUGGGAAUCCAUUUAUUCGUAUUCUUAGAAAGAUAGAGAAUUCUGGGCAGAAGCAGAUGGACGAAAGUUGGAAGGCAGGUAUACAGCGAGGCGGAGAGUUAUUCGAUCGCCGUGAAAAAAGGGGGACACCUGCUGCAGCGGGAUGUCCAAAAAUCUUUCGAGUUUUCCUCUCCGUCUCGUUUCCAAACUCUUUUAAAUAAUUCCGUGGUCUAACUAGGUAGGUAGACUAUUUGUUUUAUUCUCGAUCGAUUGUUGGUGCGUUGUAGAGACCGUUGGCGGAGAGAGAAUUGCGCGGGGGUCGAUGAAAAAGCCGAGCACGACAGACGGCCGCGCGAACGUUUGGCAGUCCCAUGGGCCUCCUAGCCCAUGGCGGUAAGAACCACCUGCCGCAUAGGUCGGUGGGGGCAAGCUGUUCUCGCGCCGUCUACCUUUUCUAACCACCAGCCUCUUCUCUUCCUCUCCCUCCGCGCCUCUUUUGCCCUCUUCUGCUUUUUCGUCUUCGUCAUGCCCUGCACGUUUCCCUCCGAUUCCCUUCUCAGUCCGUCCUUCUUUCCUUCGCGCUACUUUUCUCCGUCUUUGUCGCUCGUCCGUACGUUCGUCUUCCUUAGCCAACCGCUGCCACCUUCGCCACCAUAUAGCCAGCAUCAUCGUCACCACCAUCCGUCCGACACACCGUAUACCUACGUAGUAUGCACGGUAUACUUGGGACGAGCGUGCAUCGCUCAACAACCAACCGACCGACCGAUGCUUGUAUGCGUAAUGUAUGUACGUUGCGCGCUGCGCGCACCAAGCCGUAGUGGGGGAUGCGCGGUACGGGGGGAGAAGGCGACCGGUGGGGGGUAGCGGCGAUGCUACGCGACCCCAAGCUCAGUCGUUGCGCGACCCUCGUCGAGUGUGUUUGCGUUAACGUUUUCCGUGAGUUCGAGCAUUUUUUUUUUAACGUCACCUCGGUUACGUUGCUGUCGCAAAGUGUUCUUAUUCCAAAACUCCGUCCUCCGAUAUUCAACGUUCAACCAACCGUACCUGUUGUCGACGAUCGUCUCUCCUCUUCUCCCGUUUCUUGACACAUUUUUCCAUUUUAUUUUUGUCCCGCUUUCCCUGCUUUCAUCGCGUGUCCGUUGCUACUAUUUUUGCAUCGGUCAAUCGUCUGUCGCAAAAACGGACGGGGGAAAGUGACGUUCUUCUAGGCGAGAAGCAAUACGGUCGGUGAUCGAGCAACGAAGGAGAUUAUUCGCAGCAAAGUGCGCGAGAACGUGUACCUAGGUAUUCAGGUAUCGGACUGUUACGUGCAAGCCUCGAACAAAGGAGUGCCUUCGGACGGACGGUUGCGACGUGGCGUUUUGAAAUCGCGCGCAAACCUUCCUUUUUCGUCCGUUUCGCGGACGGACGGAUGCCCGCGAUGGAAAUCAGCGUGCGAGCCUCGCCGUUCUUCGCGCAUCCAGAAUGCCGCCGUUGAACGCUUGAGAAAUCUCUCUCGAGUGAGGAAUUACCGUGCGACGAUGGGAUACUGCUCUUUUCACUCGGCGGAUCUACCUUGCCGGUAGUCGUGAUUGUUCGUACACCGCGGGUGCAUCGGAUGAGGAAGAAACGAUCGCCUCAGGGAGGAAUCACGACCGAUGAAGCUUAUUAUCUCCGUUCCAACGAUUUCGACGACGAAGGGAGAGAGAUACAGUGAGAAGAAAAGGUGUGACAGUGAGACGAGUGAUCGAAUAGAACGAAUAUACGGAUAUGAUAGGUGCAGUGAAUCGUUGGGUGUGUUGGCGAGCGUGAUCGAGAAGAUCGAUGCGAUCAUCGAUGCCGCGUGCUGGCAAAAUUCGCGCAGCGUCGUCGUCGUCGUCGAUACUCGGUGAAAGUCGGUGCAACGCGGAACUCUGUCCUCCAACGCGAAUGGAGCCGCGCAAUUUGCGUGUCUCGUUGUUCCGUUCCAUUCGAACUGUUCGUGGAAUUCGUUUUGCCGAUAGAAUGGAUAGGAUUCGAUCGUCGAGAACUACGACGAUUAUCGCCGUUACUUCGCUGCUGUUGCUGCUGCAUCCCGCAGCGGCACAGGGUCGCGUGGAGGAGACGCAGAUGGACACGCACGAGGGGUCGACGGUACAGCUGCAGUGUCGUUUCUCCCCGCCCAGGGAGAACGUAACGUGCUUCUGGUUGACGCACACGAACGAUAACCACGACAACGCCGCGAUCGAUAAUCUCUCGUUAUCGCCCCAGUACAAGGUGUUUAUGAAUCUGGAGGAGGGUCGCUACGACCUUCAGAUAAGAAACGUCUCGUACGAGAGGGACAACGGCAAGUACGAGUGUCGGGUGAAGGCGAGCGGAACGGGGCACGACCUGCACCGAAAGUUCAUCACGCUGACCGUGCUGAGGGCGCCGGGGCCGCCCACCAUAUCCCCGACCUCGGCCUCCGCGACGGAGGGCCAGAAGCUGGAGCUGCAGUGCAACACGAACGGCGGCAGCCCCGAGCCCGAGGUGAGGUGGUACCGCGGCAACGAGACGGCCGUCCUCCACUCGGGCAGGACGUUGACGGUCGAGCCGAAGAAGGAGGACGACAGGGCGACGUUCCGUUGCGUGGUGAGGAACCGCGCGAUGCGCGAGGGCGAGACGUUGAACGCCACGGUCACCCUCGACGUGAAUUACUUCCCCCGGGUGUCGGUCGGCCCGGAGAACCCUCUCAAGGUGGAGGUGAACGGAACCGCGAACCUCGAGUGCCGCGUCGACUCGAAACCCGCGGUGGGCAUGGUGAGGUGGUGGAGGGACGGCAGCUUCGUGGCGACCAGCUUUCAGCACACGAUCCGAAGGGUGGCCGUCCAGGACGCGGGCAAGUACACCUGCCAGGCGGACAACGGGCUGGGCAAGAGGGGGGAGAGCUCCCUCCUGCUGGACGUGCUCUAUCCGCCCACCGUCUCGAUAGAGGGCGACCCGCUGAGGAUCGCCGAGGUCGAGGACACGGUCACCGUGCACUGCAACGUGACGGCCAACCCCCCGCCCUCCGUGAUCGAGUGGCUGCGCGACGGCCGCCCCGAUUUUCGCCAGCUCGGCUCGAUCCUGCGGCUGAGCCGCGUCACCGCCGACCACGCGGCCAAUUACACUUGCCGCGCCGUCAACACCAUCCACCCAUCUGGCGGCGAGCGGAGGAACUACUCGGCCAGCGCUCGGCUCACCGUGCGCGUCAGGCACAAGCCGGGCCCGGCGCGGGUCACCCCCGACUCCCCCGUGGCCGUGGAGGGCUCCAAGGUGAUUCUCACGUGCAUGGCCAGCCCGGCCGGUUACCCGGAGCCCAGGUACAAGUGGUGGAAGGAGGGCGAGUCCGGGACGACGUCGAUGCCCUCGGUCAACGUGGGCCCCAAGUACGAGAUCGACUCGGUCCACUUGGGCAGCGAGGGCACGUACAAGUGUCACGCGACCAACGAGAUCGGCAACGGCGAGGCGGCUUCCGUCAACCUCACCGUCCACCAACCGCCCAAGAUACUCACCAAGUUGCAACCGCACGUCACCAGGAAGGUGGGCGAGUCCUCGUUCCAAGUGUCGUGCGUUGCCCAAGGGAAGCCGCGGCCCAGCGUUCGAUGGCUGAAGGACGACCAGGAGUUGACGGCGGACGAGAGGUUGUACAAGGUGACGACCAGCGCCUCGGAGGGGCACGGGAACGUGAUGACGGUUAACUCGACGCUGAGCUUCCUGGGGCACGCCAGGCCCCAGACGGACGAGAUCGUGGCCAGCGACCGGGGCAAGUACACGUGCGUGUUCGUGAACGAGGUGAAGAAGGUGGAGUCGACGAUGAUGCUGAAGGUGGAGCACGAGCCCAUCGCGUUGCACCAGCACGGCAAAGUGGCGUACAACUUGAGGGAGACGGCGGAGGUGGCGUGCAAGGUGCAAGCGUGGCCGAAGCCCGAGUUCCAGUGGAGUUUCGGCACGAACGCAGCGAGCCUCCAGGGCUCGUCCAGCGACGGCCACUACGAGAUCUCGACGAGCAGCGACAAUUACGACGUGUACACCUCGGUCCUCAGGAUAACCAACAUCCGCGAGCUGGACUACGGGGACUACAGCUGCAGGGCGGCCAACGCCCAGGGCAGCAUCACCUCGAGCAUCAGGCUGCAGCCCAAGGGCGCGCCCGAGAGGCCCAUCAACGUCUCCGCCAUGGACGUGGGCCCCACCCACGUCGCCCUCCUCUGGGAGCUCGGCUUCGACGGCGGCCUGCCCAUCACCAAGUACUUCGUCUCGUACAGGAGGGUGGCGGGCGCCGGCGACGAGGUCGUGGCGCCCGACUGCGCCGUGCCCAGGCCGCCCGCCGGCCAGUGGCUCGAGCUCGACUGCCGCCGCUCCAACCCCUGCAACGUGACCAACCUCGAGCAGCACCAGACCUACACCUUCAAGGUCAAGGUGUACAACACCAAGAACCACUCGGACUACUCGGACGAGGUGACGGCGACCACCGCGGUGGCCAGGAUCCCGGCCCCGCUCAGGGUCACCUACGACCCGGAGAGCGGCGUGCUGGCGAUCGGCGUGGGCGCCACCUGCCUGUCGCUCGUCGCCUCGAUCGAGAAGCUGGACGGGCCGGACGAGUCGCAGUGGAGGAUCCUCGACGAGUGGCCGCUCGAGGUGCUGGGCGGCGCGCCCACUCAGAGGGAGGGGGUCCUCGACGACCCGGAGUCGCUGGACGCGGCCGAGCCCCGGCUCAGGGUCAGGCUGUGCCUGAAGGCGGAUCGGCAGAAGUGCGGCGAGUACGGGGAGGCUAAGAUCGGCCCGUCGUACGUCGCCCAGGCCGGGGCACUGGCGACGCCGACUUUGAUCGCCUUGGUGGUGAGCGGCGCCGUCUUCCUCCUGUUCGCCGCCCUGCUCCUGCUCUUUUGUCGCUGUCGCCGAAAGCACGCGACCAAGGCCAAGGACUACGAGAUGGACUCGAACGCGGUACGGCCGAGCCUCGUCGCCGGGAACGGGCAGCAGAGCCAGGCGCCGCCGCCCUACUACGCGGAGAACAAAGCGCUGGAGCACAGCUUGGACCACGCUCUCGCCAUGGAGGACUCCAAGACGCCCGCCUACUCGCAACCCGGCUACGGAUACCAUCAACCCAACCACAACAUCAACGGCGUGAACAUGGGCUACAUGGACAACAGCUACUCGAACUCGAAUAACGGGGGCUCGGUGAACUCGCAGGACUCGAUCUGGCAGAUGAAGUCGGCCGCCGCGAACGGGGUGGGCCAGCCUUACGACCUGGCCGGAUACGCGACCACCGAGUCGGAUUACCCGACCCAUCCUCAUUACCUCCCCCAGAGGGAGGAUUACCGGGAGAGCCAUAAUCUAAGUCGACAGCAGUUUUGCUCGGAACCAUUCGCCACCGUCGUAAAGUCUCAAAAACACGUCGAUUCGCCUUACGACGUGUCCGGUCUACCCUAUCAGGAGAACUACGACGAGGACGCGAAGCCACCGCAGCAGGUCAGCCUGUCGUACGACGAGAGCCUGGAAUCGGGGUACUCGACCCCGAACAGCCGGGGGCGGCGGAUCAUCCGCGAGAUAAUCGUUUGAGACCUGCCUACCGGCUCGCGAGCCGGAGCAACCACGACCCGCACCACGUGGCUAUAGCACCACGCCGCACCCACCGGCCCCGCGUAUCAUCCGGUGGACGUACCCUCGCGCGACCCUCCCCCCCGCCACAGGAUGGAGAUCGUCAUCGAGAAUCCCCUGGAGUCGUCCACACCCCCUCCCCCUCCUCCCCCACCCCCGCCGCCGCCACCCCCGCCUCCUGCGCCGCCGCCGCCCUCGUGGAGGAUCGCCACGACCGGCUUCCCGCCGCCCAACGCGGUCGGAACCGCGGCUACGACCACCGUGAUGACGAUAACCAUCGCCGAGAAUCCCACCGCCACUACUGCCCUCUACCCCCUGCCCACCACCCCCCUGCGCUUUUCCUAUCGAGAAACGUACGCGCCCCCCCUCGCGGAUCAUCCGUACUCCGCGCGACGCGCCCCCCAUCCCCGAGCAAGGUCGCCGUACGACGGCGAUCACGCGGACGGCGCCUCGCCGCCAGCCGUACGCCGCAUCGACAAGUCAGGGCUGCUGGGCAUCGCCGGUGCGGAAACGCCAGCCGCGAGGGGCGGCCUCGGGUCGGUUAGAUUCGGGACGAAUCCGGGGAUCGGGACCGGGCUGUUGUCGCCUCGCCGUUUCGAGUGCGUCGGGCAAUUGGAAGCGGGGAACGCGGCAGUUCCGAGGACGGAGCAAGAGAGAAGAGAGCAGCGUGAUCCUGCUUGCCGCGAGACGUUGUCCCUGGUCGAUCCGAUCGCCGAGUCGAUCGCGUUCGGGGACGGUGGCAGUUCGAUCGUGGUCGGUGCACAGCCGUUAAAGAGUUUCGAGCGCGAGUUUCGCUCGAGAGGCGGCGUCGAGUCCUCCUCGAGCAAGGAUGUUUGCGGGACGACGUUUCAAUCGCAAGAGAAUUGCGAGGCGAGGGCGCGGACUUUGGAACGCUUGUCGAGGCUCGUCCAAGGAAGGAGCGAUCGUCGCGCGUCGGCGAGAUGUACCGAGACCCGCCGCGAUUUCCCAUUCGAGGUUCGAGGAGGGACGACGUACUCGGAGUUCGAAGCGAGCUCGAGCGUUCCGUCGAACAGAGCGGUCGCGAGUACCGUGACCACGUCCACGACCACGGUCGCGGUGUCCGCGUUGGGAGGAACGAAGGGAGGAGAGGAGGAUGCGAAAGGAUCGAAGGAGCGAGCGCCUGAAGGGGAGAGAGCGGAAGCGGAGGGGUGCGAGCACGGGCCAACGAGGAACCUUUUGAAUGACGGGGAAUCCUCGAAGAGGGCCGACAACGAAUUCGCGGACAACGACGGAAUCCAAACGCUUCGAGUGAUCAUUUUGUCGGAACAAUUGUGAGAGUUAAAGGGCAGCCGCUGGUCGUUUGGAAGAGGAGGAGGAGGAGGAAGAAAGGGAGGAGGGGGAGGAGAAGAAAAGAAAAAAGAAAGAAAAAAGGAAAAAAAAAGAAGGGAGAAACGAGUUUCUCGACGAUCGAUAAUAUCGUUCGAUUUGUGUAUUAUAUUUAAGUAGCGUGUAAGUAAUUCGCGACAAAGAUGAACGAUCGAGUCUUGGGAGAAGAUGAUUCUCGCAUAAAGGCUGACGCGAUGCCAUAAGAGGCCAUAAACAUUUCGAGGGACAAAGUUGGACAGACGAAAAAGAGGAUGGGAGAAAGAGAGAGAAAAGAGGAGAAAAUAUCGACGUAUGUAAUUCGUCGUGUAUAUUUACGUGUAACGUCGGGGCUCGAACGUGUCUCGACCAUUCUAACGGAAUUCGAUCGCUCACGUUCGAGUUUCGAUGCGUUUACGCAUUUUAUACUUUUUUAUAUCGUGGACGAUGCCGUCGACUCGAGCGACGAUCCCCGCGAUCGGGGGACAUUUUUCUGUAUGUCAUGUACCAUAACUCGACUGCGCCGUGACGCGCUUUUAGUAACUUAAGCAAUAAGUCUGACGUUCGACAUUGGCGGCAAUUUGACACGUGCACGCGCGCGCGAUCGAUCGAUUUCGCCUGACUGCAACGUUUUCGAACAUUCGUCUGUUGUGUAAAUAACGGUAAACGUAUCAGUACUUAACCGAAGUGGGACACGUGGUCGUGUUGUGGACAGGGCCCGAAGGAUUCCAACGAAGAAUUCCAACAGCCUCGUUCUCCUUUCGUUCCGUAACGUGUUUCCGUACGAGCACGUGUAUACACGAGGGGAGAAGGACGAUUAAGAGAAGAGAAAGUGGAAUACUCGGUAGCCUCUGUGACGCGUUGCCCGUGUCUCGCGUUAGAAAACCGCGAGGACUCACUAUCGCGGUUUCAAUCCGAACUAACGAUAGCUACGCUUUUAACGUUGAAAGGAUAUUUCUUGUCUCGCGCAUCCGUGCGCUCCUUUAAUUUCAUAGUAUUAACGCGGCGCGUUUUAGAAAUAUCGCGUAAUGUAGCGACCUUCGUUGAAGUUCUUAUUUUUGUACCGCUCUUGCGAACGCCGUCGACGUUCGUGACGAAAAUCGUGUUUCAAUUCGUGUUCUAGUACUCGUGUCAAAAUAUACGCGCGCUAUUAGGAAAGGCCGCAGAGAUAUAUAGGGAUAAAGGAGAGAAAGGAGAAAGAGAGGAGGAUAGAAAGAAAAAAAAAAGGACCAGCCGAUCGUGUUCGUUCCUUUCGACUUGUGAUCUCAUUUCUUCGCCGAGUUACGAAGAUGAUUUCUUUUUUUUUAUCGUCUGGGGGAGAACGGGCGAGCUUUUUUAUCGACCGCGGGACGGUGUCUCCUUUAUUCGCUGCUAUUAGAAAUUCCUUUUCGUUUUUUUUUUCUUCUUUUAUUUUAUUCGUUUCCGAUACAAUUUUUUAUCCACGCGUUUCUUUCUUCUAGUUGAUAUAUAUAUUCAAAUUUUAUCUACAAUUUUAAAAACGCGACAAGACGAAAUAAAAAAUACGUCUCCGAGUAGAUUCUCGGUUGUUUCUCGAUACAUCUUGGACCGCUACUACAUCGUCUCCGGAAGCGAUUGGAAAUCACCGUUCUUCCGCCGUUUUCAACGACUAACCGACCGACCGACCGACCGACCUCCCGACCAAAUAGAUUUCACCGUUUCCGGGAACGGAAGCGUUGAUAUACCGCGAGAAGAUACACAUCAUCGAACAAGGUCCCUGCCAUACCGAGUGUCGGUCGGAGUGAUUUCUACGCGUGCAGCGCGUGCUCUACGCGCGUCGACAGGGGACGCUCAAAGCGUCGCGAUGCGCGCGCAUCACGUCCGCCGCAUGCGUGUCGCGUGCAAAUUUGAAAUUGAUAUAUAUCGAUCGACACAUAUAUAUAUAUAUCAAUUAUCGUCCAUUAUAGUUACGAUAUUAUUACGAAUUAUUAUUUGUACAAAUUUUAUGUUGCGAUAUAAAAUAAACGAUAAAACGACAA